CUUCACUCGGGCCCACCUGAGCUGCCAGGGACCUCCCGAUUGCAGUCAAUCUGGCUGUCGUCAUGACAUCACAACGACGACGGCUAAGUCUAUCACUAAGCACCACAGCAUAUAUAUAGCUGCCAUUUCUUCCAGUGAAGAAACCAGUUCCAUAUCUAACAAUAAUUUAUUUUGAAGAAAGAUUUUUAUCAACAUCACUCAACAUGGAUAAGCUCUCUGGUUUGGCCAACAAGCUCGGUGGAGGCAACAAGUCCAACGACCAGGGUUCCGGCGGCUCCGGUGGUCAGGAGGACUACCUAGACAAGGGCCUCGACUCUAUCGAAAGCAAGUACGGUGGGGGCAAGAUUGAUCCUCAGAAGAUGCGCUCCACCAACGAGAAGAUUACCGAUAGUGCCCGCACCCGGUUUGAGGGUGCCACUGGACACAAGGUGCCGGAUAAGAUUUCCAACUAGACGCUUCCCGUUCCGUGAUGGUAUGGAUAUGUGGUGGAGCCGGGAUAAAUAUUAUAUGCUAUGCAAUGACGAUAAUGAUAACAAUCAAAUCACAUCCGUUGAAAUGACGACAACAAACUCUGUAGUCCUGUACUCCGCUGCGGUGUCAAAUAUCGCGUGUUCAUUCGACACAACUGCAGCAUCGUUUGCACCUCUUGUGGCACCACCGUCUGACCUUGUUGGUACGAGGCCACUAACCGCUCGUAGUACCCCUGCGCUUCCACAUAGUUCCUCCCCUCCAUGUACAUCUUGGCCAGCAUGUUCAGCGUGGACUGCACCUCGGGACACCCCGCCCCCAUGCGACUCUCCGCCCAGUUGAGAUACCGGAC